CGACGUUGGCGCACCAGCUGGGCUCCAGAGCAGCUCGAGAGUCAUGCGGAGCAGGAGCAAUUCUGGAGUCCGCUUGGAUGGCUAUGCCCGCCUCGUUCAGAAAACGAUCCUCGGGCACCAGAACCCCGUGACAGGCCUGCUGCCAGCCAGCGCUGACCACCCGGACGCCUGGGUCCGCGACAAUGUCUACAGCAUCCUGGCAGUUUGGGCGCUGGGAUUGGCUUACCGCAAGAAUGCUGACCGCGACGAGGACAAGGCCAAGGCUUAUGAGCUGGAGCAGAGUGUGGUCAAGCUGAUGCGAGGCCUGCUGCAGUGCAUGAUGAGACAGGUGGACAAAGUGGAGGCCUUUAAAUACACCCAGAGCCCCCACGACGCUCUUCAUGCCAAAUUUGCACCCGGCACCUGUGCCACCGUCGUUGGGGACAACCAGUGGGGUCACUUGCAACUGGACGCUACCUCCUUGUACCUCCUAAUGCUGGCCCAGAUGACAGCGUCAGGACUACAUAUUGUCCACAGCCUAGACGAAGUCAACUUCGUGCAAAACCUGGUUUUCUACAUAGAAGCAGCAUAUAAAACGGCGGAUUUUGGCAUUUGGGAACGUGGUGACAAAACCAACCGGGGCAUCACAGAGCUCAACGCCAGCUCAGUCGGCAUGGCUAAGGCGGCCCUUGAGGCCCUGGAUGAGUUGGACCUCUUUGGGGCCAACGGAAGCCCCCAAUCAGUGAUCCACGUGUUGUCGGACGAGGUGCAGCACUGCCUGUCCAUCCUCCAUUCGAUGCUGCCUAGGGCGUCGGCUUCCAAGGAGAUUGAUGCCAGCCUCCUGUCCAUCAUCUCAUACCCGGCCUUUGCUGUUGAGGAUGCCGAGGUGGUGGAGAAAACCAAGCGGGAAAUCAUUGACAAGCUGCAGGGUCGGUACGGUUGUUGCCGGUUCCUCCGUGAUGGCUACCGGACUCCCAAAGAGGACCCCCAGCGCCUCUACUACGAACCGUCCGAGCUGAAGCUUUUCGAGAGUAUCGAGUGCGAGUGGCCGCUCUUUUGGACCUACCUGCUGAUUGACGGCAUCUUUCGCGGUGAUAACGAGCAGGUCCGGGAGUACCGGGAAGCCCUGGAAGGUGUCCUCAUCAAGGGGAAGGAUGGGUUCCGCUUGAUCCCAGAACUCUACAGCGUCCCAUUGGACAAGGUUGACGAGGAAUGCCGAAACCCUCACACGGUGGACCGGGUGCCAAUGGGGAAGCUUCCGUUGAUGUGGGGCCAGUCCCUGUACAUUUUGGGGUGCCUCCUUUCUGAGGGCUUCCUGGCACCGGGCGAAAUCGAUCCUCUCAACCGGCGCUUCUCGACUGUCCCCAAGCCAGACGUGGUGGUUCAAGUUUGCAUCUUGGCCGAGACGGACGGGAUCCAAUCAGCUUUGAGGAAGGAGGGGAUCGAGGCAGAGACUGUUUCCAGCGUCUGUCCGAUCCGGGUGCAACCAGCAAGGAUCCUCAGCCAUAUCUACGCCCGGUUAGGCCGCAACCAGCGCAUGACCCUCAGCGGGCGCCCUUUCCGCCACAUGGGUGUUCUGGGCACCUCCAAGUUCUACGAUAUCCGGAGCACCAUCUUUGCCUUCACGCCACAGUUUCUUGACCAGCAGCAAUUCUACCUGGCGCUCGAUAACAAAAUGAUCGUCGAGAUGCUCCGGACAGACCUCUCUUACCUGUGCAGCCGCUGGAGGAUGACGGGGCGCCCCACAAUCACCUUCCCCGUCUCGCACAUGAUGCUCGAUGACAGCGGUGACGGCAUCCACCCGGCUGUUUUGGCCAUGCUGCGGAAAUUGCAGGAUGGGUAUUUUGGAGGAGCAAGGAUCCAGACUGGUCGCCUGUUGGACUUCCUCACCACCUCGUGCCACACUCACCUGAGUUUCAUGGAUGCUGGGCCGGACGCGGAUCUCUGCGACGAGGUGGCCCAAUAUCUGGACCAUCUCCUCCACCGGGUGGCUCCCAAGGCCCACCUCCCACCCGUGGCUCAGAAAGCCGGCCUGCACCGCUUCCGGGCGGCGGUGCGCACCACCCAGGACCUGGUGUCUCUGCGGUCGAAGGCAAAGGAGCUCCGCGUGGAGAAUGUCGACAUGUACAUCCCUUCCAGCCUCUUCCAGGAGUCACGCCAGUCGGUCCUCCUUCUGGGGUCGCACCUGGAUGGCAAGACAUCUCUCCCCAAUGAGGCGGACCUCCUGAAAGAUGCCGAUGGGAACGUGGAUUGCCAGUCGUUGGUGGAUCAACUCCGGGCUUCCGCCACCCUGCAGGAUCAGGCCAACUGCCUUUCUAUGUUGUACAGCUUCAAGGGUCCUGAUUGGGAGACGGAACUCUACGGCGAGGCGGGAGCCACCGUGGGCGACCUCCUCGCAGAACUGUAUUCGAAAGCCGGCACUGCUCGGCAGUGGGGCUUGAUCCGCUACAUUUCUGGCAUCCUGAGGAAGAAGGCGGAAGCUUUGGACGAGGCCUGUACCAACCUCCUGUCACACCAGAAGCACCUCACUGUGGGUCUCCCCCCGGAGCCUCGCGAACGGACCAUCUCGGCCCCCCUUCCCUAUGAGGAGCUCACGCGCCUGAUUGAGGAUGCCAGCGAGGGGAACCUUAGCGUCUGCAUCCUGACCCAGGAAAUUAUGGUCUACCUGGCCAUGUACAUCCGGACGCAGCCGGCCCUCUUUGCCGAAAUGUUCCGCCUCCGCAUCGGGCUCAUCAUCCAGGUGAUGGCAACUGAGCUGGCGCAGUCACUGUCGUGCUCAGCCAACGAAGCCACGCAGACCUUGUUGAACCUCAGCCCGUCAGACGUCAAAAGCCUCCUUCACCACAUCCUGAGCGGAAAGGAAUUUGGCGUUGAACGCAGUGUGCGGACUGCUGACUCAGCGCCAGGUGUCUCCAUCCACGAAAUGGCUGGUGCCACCAAAACAGAGCGGGCUGGAAUUGCCCAGCUCUGGAGCGAAAUACAGCAGGGGGGCGAUUGGCACCCCACCAAGGAGACGCGUCAAGGUGGGUGGCGUCGGCGUCGGCGUCUUGACGGCGCUCUCAACCGGGUGCCAGUGGGCUUCUACCCAAAGGUGUGGAAGGUCCUGCAGAAGUGCCACGGUCUGUCGAUCAGCGGCUUUGUCCUCCCGUCUUCCACCACCCAAGAGAUGACGCCAGGUGAGAUCAAGUUUGCCGUCGGCGUCGAAUCGGCGCUGAACAAGAUCCCGCAGCCAGAAUACCGGCAGCUCUGCGUAGAAACCAUAUGGGUGUUGACACUGUUGGCUGAGGUCGACUUUGCCGGCGCUGGGAGGCUUGUCAGCAUUGACGAUAUCAUUAAGAUGGCAGACGAAGCGUUCCAGCAGGAGCAGAAAGUGCUGGGUGCGGAUGAUGCCAUGCUGGAGAGGGACCCCGCCACGGGUAUCUGCACGUUGCUCUACGACAGCGCCCCCAGCGGGCGCUUUGGCACCAUGACUUACCUGUCCAAAGCGGCCGUUACCUACCUGCAGGAGUUCCUCCCUGAAGCCGGCUGCAGCAUGCAGUAGCCAAGAAGGAACAAAUCUCUCAAUAGUCUUUCUUUCAUGCCUUAUGCAAAUUAUAUGCAAAUUAGGUUUCCCAGCACAAUUGAAGGGAGCUUUUUAUUCCAGGAGGGAACUUUUCAAGGCAGUGUGGCGUUGGAAGGCUUGAAAAGUAUGGUUUUAAUUGUUGAAUUUAAAAAUCAUUUAAUCAUUUCAAUCAUUUUUA